AUGCCACCCUACGAUAGCGACUCCUCCGGCGACGAGGACUCGGAAUUCACCGAGACCAAUGUCCUCCUCGGCUACGCCUCCAAAGAGCCAACAGACGACAACUUCAGCCAGCUCGGCGGCCAUCCGACCUGGCUCGACACGACCACAACCCCCUCCUUCGCCCUCACCAAAUGCGGCGUCUGCAACACGCCCAUGCCGCUCCUCCUCCAGAUCAACGGCGACGCGCCGACACACUUCCCGGGCCACUCGCGGCGCCUCUACAUCUUCGCGUGCCGCCGCAAGCCGUGCGCGCGCAAAGCCGGCUCGGUGCGCGCCGUCCGCGGCGUGAAGGUCGACGCCGCGCUGGCGGCCGCGGAGCGCAAGAAGAACGAGGAAGAAGCCGCAAAGGCGGAGCAGCGCAGGAAAGAGGAGGAGGAGCGGUGGAAGAAGCAAGGGCAGCUGGGGACCGCACUCUUUGGUGGCGGAGCAGGCCCGACGCCCGCGCAGGCGAACCCGUUUGCUGCGAAUCCGUUCGCUGCGAGUGGUGGUGGUGCUGGAGGCGCGAUGGCGAACCCGUUCGCGUCGCCGGCGAGCGGGCUGGCGGCGAAACCGCCGCAGGCGGUGGUGGGCGGCAAGAAGGAGGACGAGCUGAGCCAGACCUUUGCGGAAAAAGCACGCAUCGCCGCCGCCGCUCCCGCCACCAGCGACCAACCCGCCGCCGCAGCAGCAGCAGCACGCCCGCCGUACGAGCCCUGGCCGACGGACGCCUCGGCGCUGGCCAAGCCGUAUCCGUCCUACCACCUCGACGCCGACUACGAGACGCUGUCGCCCGAAGACAACUCGCUGCCCGCAAACGCGCAGCUGGACCCCAACGCCGCGGACCCAGACGACGCGGCGGGCGAGGGCAGCGGAAGUGGUGCAGGCGCCGCGAGCAAGGAAGAUAAGCAGAUCUACGAGUCCCUCAUGGACAAGACGUUCCAGCGCUUCGCGGACCGCCUGGCGCAGAACCCCGAGCAGGUGCUGCGGUACGAGUGGAACGGGCUGCCGCUGCUGUACAGCAAGACCGACGCCGUGGGCAAGCUGCUUGAUAGCGGGGACGAUGAUGAUAAUGAGGAUAUGGAGGAGGGCAAGGUCAAGACGGCGGGCGGUCGUGGGAAGGGCAUGCCCAAGUGCGCCAAUUGCGGCGCGGGCCGCGUCUUCGAGGUGCAGUUGACGCCGCAGGCUAUUGCGGAGCUCGAGGCUGAGGAGUUGGGUCUCGAUGGAAUGGAGUGGGGCACGAUCAUUGUUGGCGUUUGCUCCAAGGAUUGUGUGACCAAGGAUGCGAAGGACGGGGAGGCUGAGUACUUGGAGGAGUGGGUGGGUGUGCAGUGGGAGGAGGUUGCUGACAGGAAGUAA